AUGGCUGGAAAUGUAUUCGGAUCACUGGUUUCGCUGGCGAAACGCAUCAAUGUACCAAUCACGGCCUCAACCACCUCACCGGAUCAAGCAGAGAUGCAGAGGGAUCCAUGGUCUCAAUCCGGGAAAUAUGGAUUGGGCUGGGUUUAUUUCAGUGUUGUCAUUGUCGUCUUGACAUCUCUGGUUCGAGUGGAUAACAAUGUCACAUCACCUUACGGAAAUACAAUGAGCGCGUCAGACCAGGAGCUUACGAGUGCUGCCACCGACAGCUCGACCAGAAAGUUCUUUCCAAAGACUGGACCGCUUCCUUCGUCAUCCCGACAACAUGAAUCAUCUUUACUCGCUCCGGCCAGUUUUGUCGUAGCUGCUUUCCGCUGGAUCUUCUACAGGCCAAUUCCGACACUGUCUAUCGGCAAGAUACGCAUUGUAUUCCCCGCUCUCUCAGUGGUCGCCCUCAUUGCAACAGGCUUAGUGUUCGUCACGUUGUACUGUUUCGUUCCGCAGCCAUUGUAUUAUACGAGUAUCGCACUGGGUUCACCACCGUUGGCUAUCCGCGCUGGGAUGAUAGCGGUUGCAAUGGUACCCUGGAUCACCGCGCUUGGUACAAAACCCAAUAUUCUGGCCAUAGUGACCGGUAUCAGCCAUGAGCGUCUUAAUGUCAUUCACCGAUGGCUUGGGUAUCUGUGCCUUUUCAUGUCACUCGUUCACAUGAUACCUUUCUACAUCACCCCAGUAUGGGAAGAUGCUGGGGCUUAUACGCUUUUCUCCCAGAACCUCGUCCCACCUGGCGCCCACAUGUACAUCUACGGGAGUGGAAUCGCUGCGUUCGUCCCACUGGCCGUUCUCUGCGUCCAUUCGUUCUCAGUCAUACGUUCAAAGGCCUAUGAACUCUUUGCGUACUUGCACGGCCCGAUCGCUGUUGUUUUCCUGGGCAUGCUCAUUUGGCAUACGAAGAACUUCCUUCUGUCUUGGAACUAUAUCUGGGCUACGAUUGCGGUGUGGUUCUUUUCGUACUGUGUCAGAGGUAUCUACCUGAACUGGUUUAGUCCUUUACGAUUCGGAUGGUUGAUUGGAGAAGAAUGUUCGGUCACGAUUCUUCCUGGGGAUGCCGUGAAAGUGACUAUUCCCACAGAGAUGCGAUGGAGACCUGGGCAGUUUGUCUACCUACGAAUGCCAGGAAUUUCUCCUUUAGAAAACCACCCUUUCACCAUUGCUUCCCUAUGUAGUGAUGAUUUCCCAUCGAAUUAUGGACCCGAAUUCCGUGACAUGGUUCUUGUGUUUCAACCCUUUGGCGGCUUUACGAAGAAAGUCAUGAAAACUGCCAGGCGCAAGGGACCUUACAAAAUUUACCGAGCAAUGUUGGAUGGCCCUUAUGGAGGCAUGCAACGUGAACUGGCUGCAUUUGACGACGUUGUGUUUUUCGCGGGAGGCAGUGGUAUCACCGCGAUUGCCAGCCAAUUGCUCAACUUAAUCAAGAAGAUGAGAGAUGGCCAUGCUGUAACGAAAACCGUCCGAGUAGUUUGGGCAUUACGGCGUCCGGAGACAAUGGAGUGGUUCAAAGAAGAGCUAAGAAUUUGCAGAGAAUAUGCUCCACCCAGCUCCGUUUUCUGCAAUUUCUAUCUUACGGGCACAGACAAAGACAAAGCCUACGCUACGGAGACAGUGAAUGAAAUUCUACAUGGAGUGUCCAACAAACGGAACUCAGCCUGGAUUCGUGAGGCAGCUGGAGGUGACCUACAACAGGAAAAAGAGCUCCGUCGGGAAAAUGAAGAUGACAUUGCACCUCUUCCUGGAGUACACCUUGCGGGAGGCGUUGGUUCUAGUAGCUAUCCUCCCCCAACAGCAUAUACUCACUAUGAUCCCUACGCGCCGUAUGCAUAUGUGAAUCCCGCACAAGCUGGUCCAUAUGGAGCUCCACAGGCCCAGUGUCAGGGGUUCAAUUUCGGAUUUCAACAGAAUCAAUCGCCACAACAAUACAACUAUGAUCAUUACCAGCAGCAGAGUCAGAUGAUGCAGCAGUCACAGCAACCCCCACAACGACAGCAGCCACCUCCGAUAUCAACAACCACCUCCGGCACUCGAAACACACUGACUCGGUUUGCUUUCCUUCCGCGACAGAAACAAGAUAGUUGGCGUACCGAGUAUGGCCGCCCUAACCUUUCGAAAAUGCUACAAGAACAGUCCAAGAGCUGGGGUCGUCGUACCUGUGUGUUUGUUUGUGGGCCACCGAGUAUGCGAGUCGAAGUUGCUACUGCGGUGGCACGAUUACAACAUCUCGUUAUGACGGAUCCAUCAAAGGACGAGAUAUUCCUACACGCGGAAAAUUACGCUAUAUGAUCGCUCGCAGUUAUUUUCUUCAUUUGGCUUUCGGCCUCACGGUCCUGUUAAUAGUCCAUACGUGGGUAUGGUUGAUCAAUUUUGAACAGUAUAUAUUGAUGCAUUCAUGGCUGGUGUACCAUAUCUCCUCAGUCCUUGUGCGCCUCUUCGUCACAUACAGACUUUUUCCUUUGCUUUCUUGUAUUUAGUUAUCGGAUACCCGCUGGACAUUGCCCGGAAUUGUACAUCUAAUCCAAUUUAUUGAUAUUUACCUCUCUCCCGAGAAAGCAACUCAGAAAUAUCUUUUG